AUGACACUGGAGCGAAGCUUUGUGGAGAGCUCAGGUCAUCGAUACGGGCGCACUAGGUACUGCAGGCCAUCCACUACAGCUGAACCCAUCUUCAGACGUCUCGACUCUGUCUUGCCUCUGGCCCCCGCGAAACAACAUGCCAUCAUAGUCAGCGUGUAUGCACCUACCAUGACAAACCCGGAUGAUGUCAAAGACAAGUUCUAUGAUGAUCUGGAACAAGUGAUCUCCCAGGUUCCCAUAAAGGACAAACUCAUAAUUCUCGGCGACUUCAAAGCUCGUGUUGGCUCUAAUUCAUCAUAUAUGGCAGGGCAUAAUAGGGAACCACGGAAGAGGGACAUCGCAGAUGUGAAAAUCACCAAGGCUAAGAGAGGAGCUGACUGCUCGACUGACCAUCGACUCAUCCGUGCGACGUUCAACUUCAACAUCACAGCACUCAGGAGACCUCAAGGCAAGAAGCCGCCAAAGAAGCUCAACGUUACCAAAUUAAAGACCGCCGCUGUAAAAUGUGAACUGUGCAGUGCAAUGAACCAGCAGUUCAACUCUGUUGAAUUGGUCUCAGGACAUAUUGAAAAGGACUGGAAAUGCUUCAAAGAUGCAGUCCACACAGCAGCUUUUGAAACGUUGGGCCCCGUUGUUCGGGAACACCAAGAUUAG